UCCUUGAAGGAUAUAGAAAACAAGAGACGCCAGGUAUUCAAACCGGUGCUCGACAACCCCUACACCCAGGCGCCCUGGCCACGAGUGGACCCCCAACAGGGACAUGACAUCAGAGAUAUCCUCUGUACGCUUCUCGAGCCAAUCGGACGGCAUAACGCUCAUUUAAAGACCCAUCCUGAGUUGAAACCAAGCGCGCCGUUGACCUUUCAGCAUGCCACCAUCGGCUUCAACUCCACCGUGAAAGCCUUAGAGCUGCAAGCCCCAGUGGGGAAAGGAAGGUCAAAGGUUGUCUAUCCUGCCCUUAGCGUGGUGUUUGUUUGCAAGCCUGAGAUCUCCCCUUCCUUGAUCACCCAGCACUUUCCUGUAUUGUCCUACGUGGCGUCCUCCCCAGAGCGUAAGGUAAAGCUCAUUCAGUUGCCGCGGGGGAGCAUGGAGAAGUUGUCCGAGGCAACAGGACAGCCGCAUACAGGUAUUGUAGGCAUCACCAAGGAAAUGCCUGGUGCUUCCACCUUAUUGGCCAUCAUCAACGAGAACGUGGAGGAUGUGGAGGUCCCGUGGUUGGAAAAUGUCGAUUUUUUUUCCAAGCCGGUUUUGAAGGUGCUCAAGACUACUGCUCCGAUCAUCAAGAAGACCAACGUUCAGAAAAAG